AUGCGGGCGCAGCUCACACGGAGGACGCUGCUCGGUCUGGUCCUCGGACUCCUGAUCCCAAGCAUGGCAGCUAUGGGCAACUGCUCCUCAUACCGAGUGCUCCUUCAUCAACUCCAGAGGCAGGCAGAUCUCAUGCAGGACACCAGCACCCUCCUGGACUACUAUAUCCACAUCCAAGGCCUGGACACACCCAUACUGAGAGGGCACUGCAAAGAGCGUCCUGGGGCCUUCCCCAGCGAAGGCACCCUGAGGGGGCUGGGCAAGCGGGGCUUCCUGCGGACCCUCAGCGCUACCCUGAACCGUGUCCUGCACAGACUGGCUGCCUUCCAGCGGCGUUCCCCCAAGGCCCAGUACUUGGAGAAGCUACAGAUGGCGAGGCUCUACAUCCAAGGGCUCAGGAACAACAUCUACUGCAUUUCCCAGCAGCUCGACGACUCCUCGGAGAUAGCUGAGCCCACUCAGUUGGGCCCGAGGGCCUCGCCGCCAUCCACCCCCACCCCGGACGCCUUUGAGAGCAAGUUGGAGGACUGCAGGUUCCUGCAUGGCUACCAUCGCUUUAUGCGCUCCGUGGGGAGGGUUUUCAGCGAGUGGGAGGAGAGUCGGAGCCAGACACACAGCCCCCACCAGGUCCUGAGCGUGGGGGCCCGCAGGGCCAGACUCUCCAGCGGGGACAACAGACUAAUGCCCAGGGGGCAGCUUCCCCGGUAG